GUCUGCUGCAGACGCCCCGUGCGCACAGUCGCAACUGGGUUGCAGUGCAGACACCGAGCCUCGGACGCUCCGAGCCUGGCACCCCGCCAACUCACGAUGUCUGAGGACGAGGAUUAUAUUAUUGUAACUAUUGAAGAUGACAGUGAUGAUGACAGUGACGAUAUUAUGGUGAUAGACGACACUGAAGGAGAGGUUAUUCAGGACAGAUGUUCCUCUGAUGACACGCUGCCCAUACAGCCAAAUUUUCAAGGCAGCGGUAAUGACCAUCAACAACCAUUACAGAUGCCAUAUGGAGUUGAUGGUUUGCUAGUACAAGGUCAUCAGGCAGCUAUGCAAAUGAACCAUCCAGGAAAUUUAAAAAGAUACAAUCCUGGUUCUAUGGAAAUGGAGUUUAUGCCAGUGCAUAAAAAAGGACGUUCAUCUCUUCCAGGAGAGGCUAAUAUGAACAAUGAUGUUCCCUAUGAUGCAAAUCACCGAAACCAGCUUAUGGAGCUCCGACACUAUUGUGAGGUUUUACGAGAACUUAUUGAAAACACAAAUAGGCAGGUCACCCAGCUUUGUGGAAUUGUUUCAAGCGUACAGCAGUCUUGGGAGAACUCACUGUCGCAAAAACGUGGAAACCGUAGCUCAUCCUUGCCAGGAGAAAGGCAGGAAGCUAAUGCACAGGCCAACCCAGUAGGAACAUCUGGGCAGUCAGCAGCGUGCUCUGAAGCACAGCAGCCGGGCCGCAGGGCGAGUCCACCGAUGCCCCGAAUUGUCUCCGCGCAUUCGUUACAGCCAUUCUUCAUACCAGGCAUCCAAUAUCCUGGUUGCCCUGUGUUCUCCUACUAUUUCAAUGAAGGAGCUGAAAAUGGUAUCAUCUCAUCUGUUCAAGCUAAUACGGCAGUACCUGUGGCAAUUCUGCCACAUGGAGAGCCCCACAUGGCAUAUAACCCUGCCAUGAUGAAUCACUUGGCUUCGAUGGAAAAUGAAAGACAGAACCUAGAAAUGCCACCAAAUGCGGUCCCCAACCUUGGACACAGCACUGAGGCAGUGAAUCACCCAACUUUGUUGGAAAAUGACAUUGGCCAUAACGUUGCCUAUUCAUCUGUCUUUAUCCCUUCUGAUUCUGGUGUGCCAAGAGUAGCAGAAAACACCGUGGAAAACAACCGUGAGGCAGCAAAUUAUGCAACUGCACCGGGAAAUGUCAAUGGCCAGUGUUCGUCCUCUUCAUCUGGCUGCCACGUGCCUAAUUUUGUUGAGAAAGUUCUGCUUCUAGAAUUGCCAGGAAGAGUUGAAACCAACCUGGAAGACAACUCUCAGACAGUGUAUUAUCCAGCUUUGUUGGGAACUCUCAGUGGCCCAGAUGAUGGCUCUUCAUCUCACUCCGUCCCUUCCAAUUUUCUACUUGAAAAUGUUAUACUCGUAGAAAUGCCGGAAAACCCAGAAACCAACCAGGAAAACAACCCUCAGGGAGUGAAUCACCCAAUUCCAUUGGGAAAUAACAGUGGCCAAUGUUCUGCCUCUUUAUUUCCCUCCAUCAGUGCCAAGUUUGAGUAUCUUGGUGAUCCACAAAGAAAUGUGAAGGUACUUGAAGUUCAUCUGGUGAUCGCACAAAGGAAGCCCAGACCCCAGCUGGCAGCUCGAUACUUGGUUUGCGUUUUGUUCUCUAAGGAAGUCCUGAUGCGCAGCUCUGUGGAUGUCAAUUCCCAAGGCCGCCCACCCCUAGAUCCAAACAUUUUGGCGGCAUUAAGAGAGUAUCUGGCAAUGAUUUUCCCCAACCAUGAUAUGAGUGAAGGUGGAAGAGAAUGGAGAGCCUGUAUUGCUGAUAUCAGUUCUCUGAUCCACUGUUUAUGUUUGGAAGCCAAGAAAGCAUCACAGAAAACUCAUGACAACUCUAGUGCAUCCGCGUCAGCAGCUUCUAAUGACGAGAGCGAUGAUGAUGCUGGGGAAGGCACUUCUCAGUCAGCUCAGCAAAUGGAUGCCUCAGAAGCAAGAGAAGAUGAGAAUUCUCAGCAGAAUGAUAAUGAUGACCCUGAAGGAGCAAUAGAAGCUCCUCCUCCUGCCAAUGAUGAACCAGCAGCACCUCAGGAUGCAGCAAAAGUUGACUAUUUAGGAAAUCCAUGCAGAAAUGUACAGAUACCAUCUUCUGUCCUGCAAAUCGCGAGAACCAAGUCUCGCCCAGAGCUGUCAGCCAGAUACCUGGUUCGCAGCCUGUUCACUGAGGAUGUCCUGAUCAGAAGUAACGUCUAUGGAAACCCAAGACGUGGCAUACGUGCCCUUAACACCAAUAAGAUUCAAGCUCUCCGAGAGUUUCUCCAAGGUGCCUACCCGACUAGCGAUCUCUCAGAAGCUGGAUAUGACUGGAAGUUGUCUGUGAGAGGUAUCAACAGCUGUAUCCGUAGCCUUAGAUUUGAGUUCAAGAGGUCCAAAUUACAGCUGCGUGCAGAAGCAGCCCCUUUAACCGAGUCAAGAGAUUCUGAUGAGUCCGAAGAGGCAGCAGAUAGUGAUGAGUCCGAGGAGCCGGCAGAUAGCGACGAGGCUGAGGAUCCAGCAGAUGUGGCGGAGGAGCCAGGGAAUAUCACCGCGGCCGAGGAGCCAGCAGAUCCCGAUGCAGUGGAUACCGACGAGACCGAGGAGAGCACAGAUACCGAGGCUGUGGAGAUAACCGAUAAUGAGGAAACUGAAGAGCCGAGAGGUCCCGAUGCGGCUGUCUGAAGUACCUCAGUGUCAGCCCUCCCACUGUGUGUGUUUCUAGGCUUUUUUUUUUUUUUCAUUACUGGUACAUGCUUCUGUAAGUUUCUCAGGCUCUAAUUCCAAAUUCACCUGCUGUAGUACCAGAGUAGUUUUGCAUUCACACCUGAAGAAAUAGUCAAAGCUCUUUCUUUCUGCCUGUCAGGGAGGCAGACUUGCAUUAGGAAGAGAUGUAAUGUUUCAUCUCUGGAGCCCAGUGCAGGGCAGUAUGUUGAAAAGAACCUCUGACUGAGGGAAUAGUACUAAACUCCUAUCUGUUGUGUUCAUUGUUUGAAUGUAGAGUGAGAAUAGUACCCUUGGCACUUAGUGACAGAUGACUCUGGGUGCCAGUGAGCAAAUGUAGUUAGUCAGGUAGCUGUAGUUGACGAGGCAUAGCGCAAUGCCGAGCAUAGAACUUGAAUGUAGUAGACACUCGAUAUUUGUCAAGUGAUUGUAACUUUAGAGCUUAGCUCUAACUGUUGAUGAAGAAGGGAGGUAUGGUUUACAUACAACCGCAACACCCAUGGUGGCUUUCUUAUACAUCACAUCCACGAGAACCAUAGGAUUGCCAUCAGCAUGGCCCACCAUAGCUUUCCAGAGCCCUGGGUUCUGAUUUACUCCUGAUAUGAACAGUAUUCUUUUAAUUACCUCCUGAUAACAUUUUAUCCCAGUAGUUUGUUUAGGGUGAACACAGAAAGAAAACGAUAUUGAGAGAUUCUUUCAUUCCAUUUAAGUAGUUCAAAUGAAAGAAUAUGUCACUAUAAAUAAUAAGAAUCUGGCCAAAUUGAGAUACCAACCUUGUUUUUGGUUUCUGAAAUGUCCAAGUGAAGGUUUUAGUGUGUUGGCUGUGUGUUUUCUUAUAGAUUCUACUAGUUGAAAUGCAAACAGAAAUGACUCUUAACAUGUUUAAAUGAACACAAUUU